GAACCACCUGGAGGAUGGGUGGUGGUUCCUCCCCAGGUUUUACCACUGACUGAGGAUUGGCUGCCAGGAGUCCCGAGGGGUGCCCCAGCCUGGGCCACCAGUCUUAAGACAGAGCUUCCCUCAGAUCUAGAACUGAGUGAGGAGCAGCGGCUGCAGAUCUCCAAGGAGCUGGUCGACCUGCAGAUCACAACUCAUCGCCUACAGGAGCAGCAUGAGGCUGAAAUCUUUGAGCUAAAGAGUGAGGUCCUGCGGCUGGAGAGCCGGGUGCUGGAGCUAGAGCUGCACAGAGACCAUGCAGCCCCAGCAGAGACUGGUCCGGGGCACCUCCAGGCAUUGGCACAGCAGCUUGAGCAAAAGGCCAGGGGUCAGGGACACUGCAACCAUCGCAUCCUUCAGGUCACCAUGAGCACAUGGAGGGUCUGGCUAGGUGGGAACCAAGUAGGGGUGCAGCAGGUGUACAGUGAGGCUGGGACCCACUCUCCCAUACAGGCACAGCCCAAGGACUUCCAGACUCCUGAGACCGAGCUGCAGAAGCUGGGAAAUGGUCUACAGGGAGAAGUGAAGUGGGCACUGGAGCAGUACAGGGCUGAGCAGCAAGCCCUGGAGAUGCGCGUGGCAGCCCUGGGCCGGCAGCUGCAGGGAGCCCAAGAGGAGGCCAGAGCAGCUGGGCAGCGACUGGCUACACAAGGUGUGGUGCUGUCCACCUGCCAGGGCCAGCUCCGCCAGGCUGAGAGCGAGAAUGCCAGGCUGCAGCUGCAACUCAAGAAGCUGAAUGAGGAGUACACCAUCCGGUUGCAGCGCUGUGCCCAAGCCCUGGUGGAGUAUGCAGAUGGUGCAAGCCCGGCACCUACAGCUGUAGCCCUUCGGAAAUUCCUGGAGACCACUCUGAAGGACAUUCGAGCAGCACACCACAGCCGUGAGCAACAGCUGGCCCGGGCUGCUCGCGUCUACCGAAAGCGCCUGGCAGAUCUGAGCCGAAGGCAUGAGGAGCUGUUAGGUGCCCACAGUGUGCAGCAGGUGCUGGUGGACCUCAAUAGGGUACCUGGGAUCCCCAAGGCUACCUCUGAUGCAGUCACCUCGGACCUGGAGCCACUGCCUCUGCACCUGGUCACAGAGCUUGGCCACCUGAGGGAGGACCAGGCAAAGCUGGAGACACAGCUCAGGAGGCUCCAAAUCCAGAAGGAAACUGACAAAGCCUCCCAGGGGAGCAUAUCAGAGCCACAAAGCCUGGAAACUGCAUCCCUGGCCCAGACCCACCAGAAACUCCUGGACUUCUACCGUGGCACCCAGGCAAAGCUGGAACAGGAGCGGGCACAGCUGCUAGCCCGAGCCACGGUGGCUGAGGCACAACUUUCCGAGCUUCAGGAGUAUGUGGACCAGCACUUAGGCAGGUACAAGCAGGAGAUCCUCAGGCUAAGGAAGCUGGUGGGUUCAGGAGAUCUCCAGAAAGUGGAGGCCGCGCCUCCAGCCAAGCCUCAGCGCCCAAGGUCCCGCAGCCGCUAACCAGUCAUCAGACUCGGAGCACAACUCUUCCUGGCCAGCAUGGAACUUUCCCCACAGCCCCAGCUUGGAUAGUCAUUCAUCCCAGCCCUCCACACAACAAGAGUCAGGGUGGAGCCCACGGAGUCUUUAUUGUGUCU